AUGUUUCAAUUGCUACGACGGAACUGGUACAAAGCACAAGUUUGUCUACGGGGAACAAAGAUUAGUCAUACCACCAACAGCAUAUUGAUGUCUUCAGAAAGCCCGAACGAUACCAAGAGGCCUUCCUCCGCUAUUCUUGUGAAUCCACCAAAGCAAAAGAAACAGAAACUUAAGAGGUACAAACAGAAAAAGGUAGAUGUUACUUCCCCUUUAGGUAUUUUGCAACUUGAAAUUGACGAAUUAUUGAAGGAAAACAGUUUGGCAAGAGAAAAUGUAUGCAACGAUAUUAAGACUAUAUUGAACGACAAGACAAACGAGAUCAGGGACAAAUAUCACCGCGAAGUCUCCAACGUCAAGGUACAGAAACUUACUUCCAAUGGCGAUGGUUUGGCUCUUAUUGAUAAUCCUGUCGAAACCACUAAGAAACAAAUUGUUAUUAUUCCAUUUGGGUUGCCAGGUGACCUUGUUAACGUCAAAGUUUUCAAAACACAUCCUUACUAUGUAGAGAGUGAUUUGUUAGACGUUUUGGAAAACUCCCCUCUGAGACACAAUGAACUAAUAAGAGAUAAAUAUUUUGGGAAGUACUCCGGCAGUCAGUUUGAAUUCUUAACCUAUGAGGACCAACUAAAGAUCAAGCAAACCACUGUUGCUAAUGCUUACAAAUUUUUUGCACCACGGUUAGUAUCCGAGGGAUUGCUACCUGAAAUUGGUACCACUGUUGCAUCCCCACUAAAAUACAAUUAUAGAACCAAAAUCACACCUCAUUUUGACAUGCCGAGAAGGGCCACGACCUUAGAGGUGAGGCCGCCAUUAGGUUUUGGUCAGAAGGGCCGGCCCAAAUGGAGGAAAGAAACAUUGGAAGUUGGUGGAACAGCUCCAAUAUUGGACAUUGAUAGGUGUGAACUAGCUACUGAUAUUUUGAACAUCGGUCUAACUAAUGAAAGAAGAAAAUUUGAUGUAGAGUUCAAGAAAUACAAGAAGGGAGCAACCAUAUUGUUGAGGGAAAACACUGUGAUUUUAGAUCCGAAAGUCCCAACAGAGGAACAGUUGGGGGAAGGGUCGAGAGAUAUCAAUGGUAAAGUCAGCUACAUUGAAGUUGCGGACGAGGAGCAUGGAGUUGCACUAGCGAAAACGUGUGUCACCAACAGCACGCAGAUAGUGACGGAAUAUGUUGACGGGUACGUGUUCAACUUCAGUGCCGGUGAAUUCUUCCAAAACAAUGACUCAAUUCUACCCAUUGUGACGAAAUAUGUGAGAGAUAACCUGCAAAUCCCUAACUCUAGUUCCCAUGAUCCGAAUUAUUUGGUAGAUGCUUAUUGUGGCUCUGGGUUAUUCAGUGUUUGUAGUUCUAAAGGGGUUACAAAAGUCAUUGGUGUUGAAAUUUCCGCUGAUAGUGUAUCCUUUGCCGAGAAAAAUGCCAAGGCAAACAAUGUCGAAAAUUGUCGGUUUAUAGUCGGGAAAGCAGAAAAGCUGUUUGAGUCUAUUGAUAUACCAAGCGACAGAACUUCUGUGAUUUUGGAUCCUCCCAGGAAAGGUUGUGAUGAGAUUUUCAUGAAGCAACUAUCGGAGUUCCACCCAGCAAGGAUUGUUUACAUCUCUUGUAACGUUCAUUCUCAAGCUCGUGAUCUUGAAUAUUUCUUGAAAGAGACUGAAAAUGGCAAGGAUUACAAAGUGGAGAGUUUGAGAGGAUUUGAUUUUUUCCCACAGACGCAUCACGUUGAGAGUGUCUGUGUCUUGUCUAGAGUGUAG